GAUAAAAGGAAGGGCCUUCAGGUGUUUGUGGUUUGGGUUUCUGAGAGUAGGUCAGGCGCUCUCUUUCUGGUUUGCUUCGGAUUGUGCUCUUCAGGAACCCUCGCUUUCAUGGGGGCUGUGCUGAAUCGCCUGCAGCUCCGGGCAGAGAGAGAUGGCUCUCGGAGCAACUCUCCAGCCUCCACGCCCAGCAGCGAUGCCCUGACACCCCUCCAGUUCUCCCCAGCAGUGACGCCCGACUUCCAGGCGGAAACCUCGGUGGAUCCCACCCUGUGCAGCAAAAACAUGCUGGCCUUCCGACCCACCAAGAAGGAAGACCGGCCUCAGCCGGAAGGGGCCAGCUGCGACAUGGCAGUCAGCAAUGCCACGGCGUGCCUGGUGGCCCUGAGUGAAUGUGGGCAGGUCAGGGUGGAAGAAGAAGAGGCCCCCCAGCCCAGCAAAGCGGCCUCCAAAGGUCCAGGGGAACCUCCCGGGGAGGACAUGCUGGAAACCCGGAUCGUCAUGGGGGAGGAGACCCAGUGCCUGAGCGAAGAGGAAGAGGAGGCCGAAGAGGCUGGGCAGCAGGCCAAGGCUGACGUCUUGACCAUCGGCUUGGGGGCGGAGGAGGAGGAGGAGGAGGAAGGCACCACUGGUCAGGUCCUAUGGGGAGCAGAGGAGCUCCUGGUUGAGCCUUCCCCUCCGGCCGCAAGAGACCCAAGCAUCAUCCUCUCCCUGCCUGACCUCCAGAAGCACAAAGAGCCUGAGGCCCUGGUGGCCCCGGCCCCGGGCUGA